AUGUUUGCUACGUGGACAUCCGAGGACGACCGCGGGCUGGUGACGGGCGGCCUGGCGGGAGAACCCCAGGCUGAGGACUGCCUUCCUGGGGUGGGUGAUGGGCUGGAUCCCAGGGGGCGAGGGACCAAAGGGGUGGGGCCUGCAACUGCGGCCGCGGGGAGGGGCCGGGGGUCCGCGAGAAGGAGGCCGACCAGCCCGCGGCGCCGAAAUCUCCCGCGCUCAGAAGCAGGCCCCUCCUCCCCGGCCCGGCCUCAGGCCCCUCGCCGCGGCCGUGCCUGCCGGCCAGCUCCUCCCGCUGUCCCCGCGACGCAGCCCUGGCCCCAGCCCAGGCCUCGACCUCGACCCCGAUCCCAGCCCUGGCCCGGCUGCGAAGCCGCCAGCCUACCCCACCCGCGCACAGCCGGCGGCCCCCGCCCCGCGGCCAGUGACGGCACCGCAGGCGCAAUGGCGGCGGAGCAGCAACAGUUCUACCUGCUCCUAGGAAACCUGCUCAGCCCGGACAAUGUGGUCCGGAAACAGGCAGAGGAAACCUAUGAGAAUAUCCCAGGCCAGUCAAAGAUCACAUUCCUCUUAGAAGCCAUCAGAAAUACGACAGCUGCUGAAGAGGAAACCUAUGAGAAUAUCCCAGGCCAGUCAAAGAUCACAUUCCUCUUAGAAGCCAUCAGAAAUACGACAGCUGCUGAAGAGGAAACCUAUGAGAAUAUCCCAGGCCAGUCAAAGAUCACAUUCCUCUUAGAAGCCAUCAGAAAUACGACAGCUGCUGAAGAGUGGAUUAAUGACUUGGAAAAUGAUGAUUGGUGUAUUACAUGGCCUACAAGUUGCCAGAAAACUUCUGAAGCCAAUAUUUCCUGGAAGUAUACCUUCCAUAAGGCGCAAUUUUCAUAAUUUGGUUCUGUUUAUUGAUCCGGCCCAAGAAUAUACCUUGGAUUUUAUAAAACUUGUUGAUCUUUUCUAUUCUCACGAAGUUCCCCUUAG